CCGCGGGCCGCCCGGCCCGACAACAUGGUGGACUACUACGAGGUGCUGGGCGUGCCCCGGCAGGCCUCCACAGACGCCAUCAAGAAGGCGUACCGCAAGCUGGCGCUCAGGUGGCACCCUGACAAAAACCCCGGCGACAAGGAGGAGGCCGAAAGGAGGUUCAAGCAGGUGGCCCAGGCCUACGAGGUGCUGUCGGACGCCGGAAAACGCGACAUCUACGACCGCUAUGGCGAGGCCGGAAUGGACGAUGGCGGCUACCCAGGAGGCCGCCCCUGCCAGGACGAGUUCGUCUUCACCUUCCGCGACCCCGCCGACGUCUUCAGGGACUUCUUCGGCGGCCGCGACCCUUUCUCCUUUGACUUCUUCGGAGACCCGCUGGACGUUUUGGGGGGCCGGAGACGCUCCCGCAGAAGCAGAUUCAGGGACUCGGAGCCCCUCUUCUCCACCUUCGCUGCAUUUCCAGCUUUCGAUGAUGACUUUUCUUUUAGCAGAGGAUUCACGUGCUGCGGCUCCCUGGGAAAUGAAGGCCUUUCCUCCUUCUCCAUGUCCUGUCGCAAUGGUGGGACGGGCAGCUUCAAGUCCAUGUCCACGUCCACGGAAAUAGUCAGUGGCAAAAAAGUCACCACCAAGAGAAUCGUUGAGAACGGCCAGGAGAGGGUGGAAGUGGAGGAAGAUGGACGGUUAAAGUCCCUGGUGAUCAAUGGCAGAGAGCGCUUGCUACACAUGGACCCAAGCAAUGCCCACUGACUAAAACAGCAGGACAUUUGAGGAAUAGCAAGGCCUUUUCUUUUAAGAUUGCAAGUGAAGUCUCCUUUCAGAACAGCAGUAACCAAGAAUUUAUAAACAGUUCAUGCCAGCGACUAUUUGUAGUUAUUGUUGGAACCAUAAGAAAGGAUCACCAAAUCUCUAAUCCUAAAGCAGAUGAACAUUAU